UUGGUUAGAAGUUUAACAGGGUGCACACUCAGGCUGACCACCUUGACUUAAAUUAUUGCUUCAGGCAGAGUUACGGCCUCGAUUCUCUGAGUUCUGUCAUGGCAGCGGCUACAGCGCGUUCUCUCCUAAAGAAGAGGGUACUUCUUCAGCUGGGACACAGGUGUUACUCCUCUUCGGUGCCUACCACGAAGUUGUUCAUCGAUGGGAAGUUUGUUGAAUCCAAGAGUUCAGAAUGGCUAGACAUUCACAAUCCUGCCACCAACGAAGUGAUCGGCCGGGUCCCUAAAGCCACACAGGAGGAGAUGUUGGCUGCUGUGAACUCAUGCUCGCGGACCUAUCGCUCUUGGUCUGAGACUUCCAUUUUAACCCGUCAGCAGGUUUUCCUCCGCUACCAGCAGCUCAUUAAAGACAACAUUAAAGAGCUGGCUAAACUAAUUACUCUGGAGCAGGGGAAAACACUGGCAGAUGCUGAGGGAGAUGUGUUUAGGGGUUUACAGGUGGUAGAACACGCAUGUAGCGUCACUUCCCUUAUGUUGGGAGAGACUCUGCCCUCCAUCACCAAAGACAUGGAUACCUACACAUAUCGCCUGCCCCUUGGCGUCUGUGCUGGCAUUGCACCCUUCAACUUUCCUGCCAUGAUCCCACUCUGGAUGUUCCCUAUGGGCAUGGUGUGCGGGAACACGUACCUAAUGAAGCCCUCAGAACGUGUGCCUGGGUGUGCUAUGAUGCUAGCUAAACUGCUGCAGGAUGCUGGAGCUCCAGAUGGAACCCUCAAUGUUAUCCAUGGCCAGCAUGAUGCUGUGAACUUCAUCUGUGAUCAUCCUGCUAUAAAAGCUAUCAGUUUUGUGGGCUCCAACCAGGCAGGAGAAUACAUCUACGAGAGAGGAUCUAAAAAUGGCAAGAGAGUUCAGUCCAACAUGGGAGCGAAGAACCAUGGUGUGAUAAUGCCCGAUGCUAAUAAAGAGAACACUCUGAACCAGCUGGUGGGUGCUGCAUUUGGAGCAGCUGGCCAAAGGUGCAUGGCUCUUUCUACUGCCAUCCUGGUGGGAGAAGCUCGCAGCUGGCUGCCUGAACUGGUAGAGCGCGCCAAGAACCUGCAUGUCAGUGCUGGUGACCAACCGGGUGCAGAUAUCGGACCCCUGAUAACCCCUCAGGCCAAAGCCCGUGUGAACAGACUCAUCCAAAGUGGAGUGGAUGAGGGUGCGUCACUGCUUCUCGAUGGCAGGAAUGUGAAAGUUAAGGGCUUCGAGAAUGGCAACUUUGUGGGGCCCACCAUCAUCAGUAAUGUCACACCGGAUAUGCAGUGCUACAAGGAAGAGAUCUUUGGACCUGUCCUAGUGGUCUUAGAAGUUGACACCUUGGAUGAAGCCAUCAGCAUCAUCAAUAAGAACCCAUACGGAAAUGGAACAGCCAUUUUUACCACCAAUGGUGCUGUAGCUCGCAAGUACACCCAUGAGGUGGAUGUUGGCCAGAUUGGAGUCAAUGUACCAAUUCCUGUUCCACUACCCAUGUUCUCCUUCACUGGCUCUAGGGCCUCUUUCAGGGGUGAUACCAACUUUUAUGGCAAACAAGGCAUCCAGUUCUACACACAGAUCAAGACAGUUACUUCACAGUGGAAGGCAGAGGAUGCUACAGUUAAAACUCCAGCAGUUACCAUGCCAACCAUGGGACGCUAAAUUGCAAUAAUCCAACUAGAUGUUGAAGUCGCUAAAGUAUAGAACAUACUGUAUAGAUGGAUAUAAAAUAAUUUGCUAAUAUAGAAAUAUAACCAGUGACGAUAAAAUAUGGUAACCAGUGACGAUGUUCCACUUAUAAUUGACUAUACUACAGCAUGUCCAAAACUGCAGCAUUUUUUUCCAUGGCCCUGUUUGCUUUCCCCCUGUUAAUGACCACAAAUAUUAAUAGUAUUUAUCCACUAUAAUUUCAUCUACAACAGCUUUUACACUAAAGACUACAGACAGAUUACAAAAAAAGCAUUAAUUAUUUUCAAUUUUAUCAUAUCAGUUCUCCCACAUUACCUCAUAAUGAAGCACAGAUGUUCUGUUACAUACUGUACAAUAAAGGCUCAAUGAUCAA